GGGGGCUAGUGCCAAGUACACUUUUUCUUCUCGUAACUUUAACCCGACCGAGCCGCAACGCGGAAGGAGGAGGGACCAGGAGCUAAAGAAACCGCCGCGCACGCCGAGGCCAGUCGAGAAACAGAGAAGACCCGCGUACACCAUGAGGACGUACUUCGUGAUAGCCAGCAUCCUGCUCGCCGGUGCGACCGCCCAGGAGAACUUCAAGUGCCCCGACGACUUCGGGUUCUAUCCCCAUCACAUCUCCUGCGACAAGUACUGGAAAUGCGAUAACAACGUGGCCGAGCUGAAGACGUGCGGCAACGGGCUCGCGUUCGACGCCUCUGAUAGCAAGUUCCUCACCGAGAACUGCGACUACCUUCACAACGUCGACUGCGGCGAAAGGACGCAGCUGGAGCCCCCCAUCAGCACGCCCCAUUGCACCCGACUUUACGGGAUCUUCCCCGACGAGAAAAAGUGCGACGUCUUCUGGAACUGCUGGAACGGAGAGACCUCCAGGUACCAGUGCAGUCCUGGGUUGGCCUACGACAGAGAUGCCCGAGUCUGCAUGUGGGCCGAUCAGGUUCCUGAGUGCAGGAACGAAGAAGUAGCAGGAGGUUUCACCUGCCCUGCUGCCGGCGAGGUGAGCGGAGCUUCCGGGAGCUUCUCCAGGCAUGCUCAUCCCGAUGACUGCAGGAAGUACUACAUCUGCUUGGAGGGCAUCGCCAGAGAAUACGGAUGUCCCAUUGGGACCGUCUUCAAGAUCGGAGAUUCCGACGGAAGCGGCGCCUGCGAAGACCCUGAAGAUGUUCCCGGAUGUGAGGAUUACUACGGUGACCUGGACCUGAAGAGCAUCCGGAAGAGCGAGCUGCUAGCCGGAAUCCAGAGCUCGGGAGAGCCGAGGAACACCGCUAGGCCGUCCCAGGGCAAACCCAGGCCCACUGCACCCAUACCCGCGAGGCCCUCCGCACCCAUUCAAGACUAACUCUUUUCCACAUCCCUCCAUCCAUCCUCCAUCGCGGUGAUCCCGGCGAUCCCGGCUUCCCGUGGCGAGUGCCAAGAGUACCGACAGGAUGCACCAAGAGAGAGCAUGAGAGCGACCCGGGGGGACCCUGAAAUGGUCGGCCCGCCCGGAGGGAAAUCCACCAAAGGGCCUGUGCAUUAAAUUUAAUACAUUCGUCGCCACUUUCAUAGUCCGACGUUGGGUUUCGAUUGCUUUGCUCGGAGCUUCGUGAAGUUCCUAGUGGCCCCCGGAGGUCCUCUUGAGGUCCUCUUCAGGUCCUCUCGAGGUCCUUUUCGCUGGCCACCCAACUGGUGGGGAUAUUUCCGAACACAGUUAAUGAAAGUCUAGGGUGCCAAGUUGCUUGGAGUACGUUGUAUUGAAUUUAAUGCCAAAGCCUCUGGAACUAACAUUUGUCUGACCCUCCUACUCCGUCUUGGUAACCCUGGCUGCCCGUGGCGAGUGCCAAGAGUACCGAACGAAAAUGUGGCACGAGUGUGCGAUUUCUAAAGGAACUUGCACGUGAACGUUGCGAUUUUCGCGCCCGCGGUAAAUUUAAUACGAACCUAUUUCGCCAGCAAUUGUCACGUCAUUCUGUAUAGUCGGGUACUAAGCUUUUGAUGCCUACUUUGCCCGGAGCUUUCUGAAGUUCCUGGUGACCCUUGGAGGUCGACUUCGGGGUGAGCUGACCUGUUGAGCUCCGGAUGAAGUACUUGAAAUUCGUGGGGUACUUAUGAGUGGCAAUUGCUCGACUUUGUAUUGGAUUUAUUGCCGAUGCACUCGGGAUUAUCGGUCUUCUUCUAUUGGUGACCUCGGCUUCUCGUGCCAAAAGUACCGACGAUUAGGGUAAAAUGCCGAGGGGCAUGAUAUGAAUGGAACCCUGAGAUUUUUAUUAAAUGGCCGGCUUAUUGCGAAGAGAUUCAAUUCUAAUCAAUUUGGCAUUCUGGUAAUAUCUUGGUGAACCAAUGUGACUACUGUUCGCGAAUACUAGGUUAUGUUAAAUUAACACUGUUCAGUUAAUUUGAUAUUCCUGGUUACCGGCAUAAAUUGGUCGAAAAUGAUAAGAAACGAAUUAUUUCUCAAUUGUUUGGAAGCUUCUCUCUGCGUUCAAACGGGACCAAAAUGGCGGACUUAACUUGAUCUUACCUUGAGGAUUCUUGCCACGUGGCACUUGGCCAUUCGGGGCUAUAUAUGUGAUUCAAGCACGGUGAACCGAUGCCAAAACACGGAGGACUCGAGUCUUCGCACAAUCCGGAUCCAUACGUGCACAGAAUGUGAAAAACGUGUAAUACCGUGAAAAAAGUUCGAGCAUGGCCGAUCCGACGUGCGGGGUACGCUCUUGGCCUCGACUCGAAAAUCUCCUGAUUCCUCCCGAAAGUCUCGCCCUGCAAAAUCCAUCUUUAAAAUAAGAAAAAAGCCACUAAAUAAAAAGUGUACAAAACUCCUCGAAGUCUCGUUUGUGUCCUUGCGCUCGCUCUGCCCCGCGUUCCCAUUUUUGUCGUCUGCCGAUGUCUGGUUUUUUGUUCUUCCCGUCUCUUCUAUGUUCUCUGCAUGUCUAAGACGUCGUGAUCUAACGCACUCACUGCUCCCUCGUCCGGAAUCUUUAACGAUUAAUAAUAAAUCUAACAUCGAGGCUCGUCGCACGAUUUUAAAUAUUUUUUCUUUAAUUCUGGUGCUCCGGAAUUUCAACGAAUUCGCUGCACGGGGAAAGACAUUGUACAUAUUUCUCUGUAUAAUCAAAAUAAUCUCCCCAAAUGAAGGAACAAGCAAUUCUAGCCUUGGUCUAAAUAGUGGAAAAGAUUCGACAGAGAGUCGUUGCAAAAGAUUUUGCAAAAACUAAACACUUACAAGCAUUGGGCGAAGUUUUCAAUCUAUCGCUCUGCAGCUCAGUAUAAUAUUUUUUCUCGAUCCUCCUGGCAUUAGAAACGAUAUAAUUAAUUGAAGCCAGAUGGAGUUUGUACAUUUAAUGAUUCCCCACCGAACCGUGAUGUUCGUGCUGCAAGUGAAUUUUCCUCUACUGUAAGAAACAUUGAAACAGUACCUUCUACCAAGAGGAUCGAUUUACACGAAGGAGAGAAUGUUUCGCCAGUAUACAGUGGCGGACAUGAAUGCCUCCCCUGCAGAUACGGCAUCGUCUGUGCAGGAUGGGAGGGCAUUGAUGUCUCCCAGUCUACAUGUUUCCUCGUCUAAUAUCAAUCUACCGCAACCGUGAAUUUUUGUCUUUUCUUCCCUACGCGAGCUAAAUAGAAGCCAGUUAUCAUAUUAAUAGGAAGUCCAGUUAAUGAUUUACCGAAACAAUGGCAUGAAUUCGAUUUCCGUGACCCUCGCCAGCAUUCGUGUCACCUAGCGGCCGCGAUUGCGGAGCAAAUGAAUAAACUGCUAAAAUACAUUUCUCAGCGAGGACUACUACGGCGACGUGGAUCUAAAGGCUCUUCGUAAGCAGGGAUUCAAGAAAUAGGAAGAAGGCUUUAAAGCGUUUUAGGCCCUAAAGGUUUAAGCACGAUGAUGGCCGGACUGGGAGCAAAGCUUGCCAGCUUAGUGGACGAAGUGGAGAACAUUUGUGAUGAGAACAUUAUCUCCGGUCCGGAACCUCUCUGGUCACGCUCUCUAAUUGCAGAGGCCCUCCUACGAUACUCUUAUGUAGUCUUUCCAUUAGCAUUUGUAC